CUUCCUCCCUCCACCACCUCCCCCUCCUCACCACCCCACCCAUCUCCGUGCUCCGACAGAAUUGGAGCACAUCCAUCCCACCAAGAUGGUCCGCAAAUUCUCCAAGUUCCCCAAGAAGGCCGCCGGAUGGGUAUCCCCCGCGGCGCCGCUGUCCGCGCGGAAGCAGGUAUAUCUUCCCGAAACAACAAUCGCCCUAAUCCGCACACCCUUCCUCCCCCCCCGGUACGCCGCCUUCUACGUGCCUCUGAAUUUCAACAAGCUGGAUAUCCGCGACUACCUGCAGCGGCUGUACGGGGUCGGGGUGUUGCGGGUGCGGUCGUUCGUCGAGCAGCAGAAGGUGACGCGCUUGCGUCCGCUGGGUAAAUACGGCUAUGGACGGUUGAGAAGGCCCGAGAGUAAGAAGAAGAUGACGGUUGAGUUGAAGAAUCCGUUUGUUUGGCCGGAGGUGCCGAAGGAGUUGGAUGCCUGGGAGAAGGACCAAUUCUUCAAGGCCGCCAAGUACCAAGAAAAGCUCCAGGACGGUCAGAAACCCGACGCCGCCACGAAGAGAGACGAGGAUGGCGAGGCCGCGAUGGCCGCCGAGGCCAAGAAGUUGUUGAGUGGUGAGAAGACUUGGAGGCCGACUUGGCAAGCCCUGGGGCUGAACUAUGAUCGGCCCGUUGUGGGGAAGAAGCGUCCGUGAGGGGGUUCUUGAUGAUUUGGGGGUUGGUAUAAGGGGGGAAAAGAUGAAGAGAGAGAGAGAGAGAGAGAGAGAGAGUGUGUGUGUGUGUGUGGGUGAGGGGGUGUGUUGAUCUGGUCAUGGAGGGAGAGAUGAUAUUAGAGAUGCUGGAAGUGGGUGAAACCAGGGUUAACCUACGGGUUACUUGGGGUCGUGGUCAUGGUCGUGGUCAUGGUCGUGGUCAUGGUCGUUUGGACGUUGCUCGGAUGGAUUGAUUGGUUUAUCGAUUGGUUCUGUUUCUGUUUCUGGUUCUGGUUCUUUAGAUUGCUGGUUGGCUCUGAUCUGAUUACUUACCCUUCCCUUUCCCUGGACUGGGCUGUCUUAUGUGAUGUAUGUGUAUUAUAUUGUCCUGGUCGUAUAAAUACGAUUUUUCUUAUUCUGAGA